CUUGUCUUCCCGCUGCACCCGAAAGAAAAAAGAAAGGGAACCCCACCAGCCUUGAGAAACCGGUGAGAAAGCUUGAUUUUUCCCUUCUUUUCUUGUCCAAGAACCUGAUUUAGAACCCAGAAAUUUCCCCUCCCUCUCUGCAGAAGCCGGAUCUACCCUGCUCUGCUUUGUCCUUCCGCCGGCUGCUCUUGAUUGUGGGUGAUUUCUGGGCAUAUUUUUCGGGAACUGUUCACAUGGUUCCCGAUCGUUCUGUCAGUUUAGUACGUGGAUUGAGUGCUCGGUUUUAUGCGAGUGAGGUAAGUAAAUUUAUGGUAAUGCCUGUACUGUCAAGUAUGACUGAUUUGAAGUGAAAUGUUUUAUGCUUUUCACUAAAUUGAGCAUGCCUACUCGAAAUUUAAGUGACUGUCCUAAUGAUCUGAAAGUGAUUGGUGAAUUAUGUUUUUCUGUUAACUUCAGCUUGUUUUGUCUCCGAUGUGGUCAUGUUUCUGUAAUCCUGCUAGUGGGAGUUAAACGCUAGCACAUGUCGACAUGUUUCUGAUAGAACUGGUUCGUUUCUGUAACCCUACUAGUGGGGGUUAAACACUAGUAAUUUCUGUAGCCUGCCAGUGGGAGGUUUAUAACACUGGCCGUGACCUAUAGAGGAGACGUCUAUUUCGUGCCCGUACUGUAUCCGUUUUUCGUGAUUGUACUUGUUGGCAUGCUUUAAGUUUGAUAAGGGGCACUCCAUAUUUACUUACUGAGUUUAUCUCAUAGUUUUCCUUGUCCACCACUUCAGAAAGUGAAACCGAGGACGGGGAAACCACGGGAAGUGACGAGUUAGAAGGCUAGCCACUUGUAAAUUGAGCAUAGCUUUAGAUAAAUCAUGAUCUUGUAAACCAGAGUGUAUUUGGAGAUUUAUGAUAUGAGAGAAUAUCUUAUAAUUUGAUCUUCAGAUUUUGAUGAUAUCAGAGUGUGAAUUUGAAAGUUCCGAGCCUUGUGCAUUUGUGGGACCCGUCUCAAGAGUGCACGGCGUCUGUCGCACCUCGAAUGUGGGUUUUGGGGCGUGACAAGUUUUCAAGAUGUUGCAGAUCUUCAGCAUGCUGCUAAGGGGUGCUUACUGCUAUGAAUACGUAGAGAAGAAAUCAAGCAAGAUGGACCUGCCUCUCACACAACAAGCUGAGCACAAUUUCUUUUAAUGCUCAUAUUCAUCUUAGUUUCAAGCCCUUUAGUUUAGUUUUAGCUUUAUACUUCAACCUAAAUUAGUCUUUAACUUUAGUUUAAUGUUUUUUCUGUUGAUAAAAAAAAAAAAAGUUUAAUGUCUUUU